AUGCACGUUGAUAAGCCAUCAAAAAAUAAAAUUGACAACGAAAUAGCCGAUUUGAUGAGUUUCCACGAGGUGCUCGACAGCGUCUCAUCCUCAAACCUACCAAAUGGGGGGACACGCAGAGGAUCAAUCACUCAAAUGGGUAGUCGGGUUCUGUGGAGGAAACGUAGUGAGUCGCUAUCUUCUUCUAGCGAACACGAGUCUACGUCAUUUUUGAAUUCAGAUACGACUCGCGAUUAUGGGUCAGUCACUCAAGAUUCGUACAUCCAAAACCGAAGAGUGUCUUUGCUUUCGUUACACCUUAAUGCCAACGGUUCUACUCCAAUAAAAGCUGACGAUGAUGGCUCGCUUCGAGAGGUGGAAACUACAAUGAAAACCGAAAUCGAGCUUUUAAUCAAAAGCUCCAUUCCAUUGAUCGCAACGUUUUUGCUACAGUACUCAUUGACGGUGGCAUCUGUUUUUAGUGCCGGAAGUCUUGGUUCUCAGGAGCUGGCGGCCGUUUCGCUUUCAAACCUGUUGGCCAACAUCUCAUCUUACGGUAUUAUCCAAGGAAUUGCCUCAUCUUUAUCCACCCUGUGUCCUCAAGCUUUCGGCAGGAAAGACUACGAGGCUGUUGGCUUGAAUGCCUUGCGCUGCUAUAUGAUGCUAUGGGUGAUGUUUGUUCCCAUCUUUAUCUUCUGGUACUGGGGUUCUUACCCUUUACUGCGGGCUAUAGUCCCUGACGACGAGCUAUGUAAGCUGGCAACCCAUUACUUGAGAAUACUCAUAUACGGAGUCCCUGGAUUCAUGACCUUUGAGGUGCUGAAGCAGUUCCUGCAGGCCCAGGGUGCAUUUCAAGCGUCCACCCUAGUGCUGGUGAUUUGUGCUCCCUUGAAUCUGCUAUUAAAUUUUGUGCUAGUUCAUGAUAGCCACAUCGGAAUAGGCUUUAUUGGAGCACCUACUGCAGUCGUGAUCACAAACUGGCUGAUGGCGCUUAUGCUACUGUACUAUGCCUACUUCAUUCAAGGAAGACAAUGCUUCUGCCGUCUGUCGACCAAAGUAUUCACCAAUUGGAAAAGAGCAAUUACUCUGGCUGCGCCGAGCGUUUUAAUGAUUGAAGCUGAGUGGCUCGCAUUUGAGAUUCUGUCUGUGGCCUCGUCACGGUUUGGUACCGCUUCUCUAGCGGCCCAGUCUGUGGUUUCGACUACUUGCGUGACAAUAUACCAAAUUCCCUUUGCGAUCUCUGUUGCAGCAUCAACAAGAGUUGCAUGGUUUAUUGGAUCUGCAUCGAAGGAUGCUGCCAAGAAGGUCACGAGAGCGGCGUUCUUUGUUGCUGCUAUUUUUGGGGUCUUUAAUGCGUCUAUAUUGGCCACCUUCCGCUAUAGCAUCGCCUCGUUAUUUUCUGAGGAUCCAAAAGUCAUACAGUUAGCAGGACGGGUGCUCAUGGUUGGUGCCAUAUAUCAGGUAAAUGACGUCGUUUCUUGCGUGACUGCUGGUAUACUCAGAGGUCAAGGGAGACAGUACAUCGGGGGUUGGCUGAAUUUAUUCAGCUACUACUGUGUUGCCCUUCCUGUGGCAUUUCUGCUGGCCUUUAAGUUCAGGCUCGAGCUGUUUGGUCUUUGGAUCGGCAUGGUGAUUGCGUUAUUUUUCGUUUCCGUGUGUCAGAGCUACUUCGUGAUUACAAGCGACUGGGAGUCUAUAAUCAAAAUGUCCAUUGAGGACGGAAUGGCUCAGGAAUCAGGAAACUCGUUGAAACCAGCAAAGAGCACCAGUAGCUUUGUGGACUAUAACAUGCUGAGUCCUGCCAUUUCGGUGACAAGUGGGUGA